AUGAUGCCCGGUUUUUCCCAAGACCUGCAGGAUGUCCGUGACGCCAGAAAAACAGCUGUCAUCAAUGACGAGCUCAAAAGACUGAAUAUCGGCAUUGCCACCCUGCAAGAAACACGGCUAGCUGGGGCAGGAACACUGAAGGAGAAGGACUACACAUCCUUCUGGCAAGGGAAGAACUUUGACGAGCCGAGAGUGCAUGGAGUGAGCUUUGCAGUAAGGAACAGCUUGCUGAAUAUGAUAGAACCAAACAGUGGUGGCUCUGUGCGACUCCUAACACUCCGCUUUAACACCAAUGAAGACCCCGUCAACCUCGUCAGUGUGUACGCUCCAACGCUGUCCGCAACUUCGGACACCAAGGAUGAGUUCUACGAGAACUUUGCAUCUACCGCCAGGAAUAUACCAAGAGCUGAACAGCUUCUUCUCCUGGGCGACUUCAACGCUAGAGUGGGUGCAGACAAUGACUCGUGGCCCUCUUGCGUUGAUUCGUUUGGAGUGGGAAAACUCAAUAUCAUCGGUCAGCGACUGCUCGAACUUUGUGCCGUUCCCAACCUGUGCAUCGCCAACUCCUUCUUCAAAACGAAACCCGAACAUAAGGUCUCCUGGAGAAACCCACGCUCAAAGCACUGGCACCAACUAGAUCUGAUUGUGGUCUGGUGUGCUGCCAUAAAAAACGUUCUCCAUACGACGCUCUUACCACAGUGCGGACUGCGACACAGACCACUCCCUGAUGUGCUGCAAGAUCAGGCUGCAACCAAAAAGGUUCCACGGUGUAAAGAAUCCGGGGGCCUCGCGCAUUGA